GUUUGCUAUAUUGCGUCUGCGCAGUGCUGCCACGCUAACAUUGAAUGGAACCAUACAUGGGGAACUAGUAGAAAUUGACUACACGCCUGAUUGAGUUUUACAAGCGACUGUAUAACCCCUAAUCACCAAGUAGCUAUUAAUCUUUAAUAUUAGCAAAAUAUGGCGUCAUCAGAGCUUCGAAAAGAGUUGGAGGAGUAUCUGAAAAAUCUUAAUAUUGAAACUGUCUGCGUGGACCAUCCAGAGGUGUUCACUGUUGAGGAAAUGAUGCCCCACGUGCAGCACCUGAGCGGAGCGGUGACCAAAAACCUCUUCCUCAAAGACAAGAAGAAGAAGGGCCUGUGGCUCGUGUCCGUUCGCCACGACCGCCCGGUCAACCUGAACGACCUGGCGAAGAAGCUGGGCGUGGGCAGCGGCAACCUGCGCUUCGCCGAGGAGGCGGCCAUGUUGGAAAAGCUCAAGGUGGGCCAGGGCUGCGCCACCGCCCUGGCCCUCUUCUGCGACGCCGAGCCCAAGGUCAAGUUCGUGCUGGACGGCGACCUGGUCAACGGCGGCCACGAGAGGGUCUACUUCCACCCCAUGACCAACGCCGCCACGAUGGGCCUUAGGCCGGAGGACUUCCUCAGGUUUUUAAAAGAAACGGGACACGACCCUAUUCUCCAGAGCUUUGAUUAAGGGGAAGGCGUGUACCUCAUUGCUGGGUGUCUGAGUCUGAAGGGUGCUCAGGCUGUGAUUUCUGUGACUCUGUGGCUGCUGGGUGAGUCAUUGUCACUGUGGCUCAUGGCUGUGAUGGAAGCUUUAAAUUUGUUGAUGUAAGGUUCGUCUGAACAGAGUUUUCAAAACUCUCUUCUGAAACGAUCAGCUCAGGUAAAUACUAAUCGGUUUUUAUUCUGUAAACUCCUUAAAAUGCCUAAUGGCAUUUGUUCUGUUCUCGUUGGCAUUAAAGAUCACAAUGCAUAUGCAACUAGACAGAAAUAAAGCAUUGAUUUGUAUUGGA